AUGUACAACAACGGUACCUGUGUAAAGGAACCAACAAACUAUACAUGCCAUUGUCUUACUGGAUAUACGGGACGAAACUGUGAAAUCGACAUAGAUUACUGCUCCAACGAUACAUGUUACAACAACGGUACCUGUGUAGAGGAACCAACAAACUAUACAUGCAAUUGUUUUACUGGAUAUACGGGGCGAAACUGUGAAAUUGACAUAACUUACUGCUCCAACGAUACAUGUUACAAUAACGGCACCUGUGUAGAGGAACCAACAAACUAUACAUGCAGAUGUCUUACUGGAUAUACGGCACGAAACUGUGAAAUCGACAUAAAUUACUGCUCCAACGAUACAUGUUACAACAACGGUACCUGUGUAGAGGAACCAACAAACUAUACAUGCCAUUGUCUUACUGGAUAUACGGGGCGAAACUGUGAAAUCGACAUAAAUUACUGCUCCAACGAUACAUGUUACAACAACGGUACCUGUGUAGAGGAACCAACAAACUAUACAUGCAAUUGCCUUCCUGGAUAUACAGGGCGACAAUGUGAAAUCGACAUAAAUUACUGCUCCAACGAUACAUGUCAGAACAACGGUACCUGCAUUGAAGAAGCAUCAAAUUAUUUAUGUAGUUGUCUUACUGGAUAUAUGGGGCGAAAGUGUGAAAUUGACAUUGAUUACUGCUCCAAAAAUACGUGUCACAACAGUGGUACCUGCGUAGAGGCACCAACAAACUAUACAUGCAAAUGUCUUACUGGAUAUUCAGGACGGCAAUGUGAAAUUGACAUGAAUUAUUGUUCCAACGAUGCUUGUCACAACAACGGUACCUGCCUAGAGGAACUAGCAAAUUAUACAUGCAAUUGCCUUACUGGAUAUACGGGACGACAAUGUGAAAUCGACAUAGAGUACUGCUCCAAUGAUACAUGUUACAACAACGGUACCUGUGUGGAGCAACCAACAAACUAUACAUGCAAUUGCUUUACUGGAUAUACAGGACGACAUUGUGAAAUCGACAUUAAUUACUGCUCCAAUGAUACAUGUCACAAUAACGGUACGUGUGUAGAGGAACCAAGAAAUUAUACAUGCAAUUGUUUAACUGAAUAUACGGGACGAAAAUGUGAAAUCGACAUAAAUUACUGCUCCAACGAUACAUGUCACAACAACGGUACCUGUAUAGAGGAACCAACAAACUAUACGUGUAAUUGUCUUACUGGAUAUACGGGACGACAGUGUGAAAUCGACAUAAAUUACUGCUCAUACGAUAAAUGCCACAACAACGGUACCUGUGUAGAGGAACCAACAAACUUUUCAUGCAAGUGUAUUACUGGAUAUACAGGACGACAAUGUGAAAUCGACAUAAAUUACUGCUCAAACGAUACAUGUCUCAACAACGGUACCUGCCUAGAGGAAUUAGUAAAUUAUACAUGCAAUUGUCUUACUGGAUAUACGGGACGACAAUGUGAAAUCGACAUAAAUUACUGCUCCAACGAUACAUGUCACAACAAUGGUACCUGCGUAGAGGUACAAGCAAACUAUACAUGCACUUGUUUAACUGGAUAUACGGGACGAGAAUGUGAAAUCGACAUAGAUUACUGUGGAAACGUGACGUGUCACAACAACGGUACCUGCGUAGAGGAACCAACAAACUAUACAUGCAGAUGCCUGACUGGAUUUACAGGACGACUAUGUGAAAUAGACAUAAAUUAUUGUUCCAACGAUGCAUGUCACAACAACGGUUCCUGCAUAGAGGAACCAGAAAAUUAUACCUGCAAUUGUAUUACUGGAUACACGGGACGACAAUGUGAAAUCGACAUAAAUUACUGCUCCAAUGAUACAUGUCACAACAACGGUACCUGUGUAGAGGAACCAGCAAACUAUACAUGCAAUUGUCUUACUGGAUAUACAGGACGACACUGUGAAAUCGACAUAAAUUACUGCUCCAACGAUACAUGUCACAACAACGGUACCUGUGUAGAGGAAGCAGUAAACUAUACGUGCACUUGUAUAAUUGGAUAUACGGGGAGACACUGUGAAAUCGACAUAGAUAAUUGUUCAUACUUUACGUGUAAAAAUGGUGUUUGCAUAGAACAUCUAGGAAAUUAUUUUUGUAACUGCAAUGAAGAAUAUACGGGACAUAAAUGUGAGCGACGUAUCGCUAGUUGCAUUGGUGACCCUUGUGAAAAUGAAGCUACAUGCAUUAACGAAACAGGGAGCUAUAUUUGUCUCUGCACGAUGGACAGUGCAGGAAGAAAUUGUGAGAUUGUUGUUAAUCAAUGCUCAACUUAUCCUUGUCUAAACAAUGGGCAGUGUAAGUCUUACACAGAUGAAAAAGGCUAUAUUUGUGAGUGUCAAGAGAAUUACACGGGCAGGAAUUGUGAACAUGACAUAAAUGAAUGUGAAACUGGUUCAGCUUGUCAGGAAGGAAAGAUAUGUAGAAAUGAACAUGGUGGAUACAGUUGCGAUGACCUGUACAAACUGGAUGUUUCAACUGGUUUCACAGACACAGAUAUUCUUAUAAGUGACGUGGUGUCAAUACUUAGACACAGCAUUCUAUUAUGUGACGAUGCACAGGUCGGUAUUGAUCGAUAUCAGCUGGGAAGAGGUUCUGUUGCCAUAAGUGCUUUGUGCGAUGGAAGACCAUUGACAACAGAUGAAAUGGCUAGAGCAAUUGGACAAAGUUCAGAGAUUCUAAUACACCAUGUACAUACAGCAAAACAGAAUUAUAAGAGCUGGAUUAAAGAUCACUGGAUUAUCCUAAUUGGCCUUGGUGUUGGACUUCUCGGGGUUGUGCUGGGAGCAACACAAGCCGUUUACAUCAUUUACCGAACUCAACAGAACAGGGUAGUGGAAACUGAAGCGUCAGAUAUAUCCAACGAACGACUUCUAAAUCAACGUACAGGUUUUAUCCAACGAAGUAGCAGCGUUAGACGUCACCAUGGGAACCCCAUACAUUUUGACAAUCUCAUGUUUUCUCAUGGGGAAACAGGUCAAUGUCGUUGAUAGAAGGUGACAAGAUUGGAGAUUUUAAGAAUCUCAUUCUGGAUCAGGAUGACACGACAGCUAUUCUAUGUAGUGAACUAAAAUAACGCCGUAAAAAGCAACUGCUAUUUAUUCAUCCAUUGUUAUAAUUCUUAAUUAUUAAAAAUCUUGUUGAAACCCAAUGAAAAUAUGAAUUACGAUAU